UUAACUACUACUUAUCUAGAAAUACCCUCUUGCGCAGCUAGAAAUAUACUGUUUUUAUACUGUUUUGUGCCUUUUUGCAAAAUCGCAGAAUCGCGAUUUCGCAAAUUCGCGCGGUGGCGGUGUUGCUUACAACAGCCUACCGUAGUCAGUCAUCCAUUCUGUUUUCUGUGGUUCUCACGUAACCGGCAUCACCUAAGGUCCCCUUGCAUCUCCCACAGCUACUGUACACCUCGAUUAUGAACAACAGCUUUUUGCUAGCUGGCCGAAGCGUCGCGUUUUUCUCUCAAGAGUGCCACCUCCCGAGAUCUUUCAUGGUCCCUGCACCGCCACCCCGCGGACCUGCAUCUCGAUUAUCCCACCACCCCUGGUCGGAUCCGAUCGCUGGGCUGCAGACACGCGCGAAGCACCUGGGCACCGCCACAGUCGCUAGACUGAUGGAAACGUAGAUUUCUUGGCAAGUUUCUCGUGGCCAUUGGAGAAAAUGUGGAAUUGCCUCGGUAAGGGGCAGUGCUAGUUUUCCACCAGUCCUUUCCUUUUGCCUCUCAUACGCUCUCACCUCAAAGCAACGCGAGAAAGCCGGACCGGACGCGCGGUUUCGCGGUGUCACAUGGUUUUCGAUCUGGCCAAUCAGGGCGUUAGGAUACAUGAAGCGCCGAUGGGAGAGGAGCAUGGAUGGGAGGGUAUGGCACGGCAGGCAGCAGCAGAGGCGAUGACUCUUUGUUCGGACCAAUGUCCUUUAUCCGAGAUGGGAUGGAGAAACAAAGCAUGAGGGAUUAUAGUAUUUGGAAGAGAAGGAUGACAAAUCGGGAUGUGGUGAGGAUGACGAUGGUGUAGAAGACAUGGAGUCAGACCGAUGAUGGGAAUUGUAUCGUUAGUGUUUUGAGACGGAC